AUGGUGAUGGGCGCGCUUGACGGCCUGGAGGAGCUGGGGUUCACAGAAGUGCCCGACGCCCUGGCCAGCCCCCUGAGCGGCCUCCUGAGCAGCCCAGACACCGACUACUCGUCCGACGACGGCAGCCGCCGCCGCGCCGGCACGCCGCCGGCCGGCGGCGCCGGCGCAGCCGCGGAGGGCUGCAGCGUGUACGUCUCGAACCUGGCCUACGCGGUGUCCCGCGCGGCGCUGGCGCGGCUGUUUGCGGGGUGCGGCGACGUGCGGCGCGUGAGCAUACCGUUGGAUGCGGUCGGCAGAUCGGCGGCCGCCCGCUGCGCGUGUCUCUGA